AUGUUUCCAGGAAAUCUUUCCCAUGUGACCACAUUCAUUCUCAUUGGAGUUUCAGAGCAUCCAGAUCUUCAAGUUCCCCUUUUCUUCAUCUUUUUAGUGAUCUAUGGUGUGACAGUGACAGGAAAUGUGGGAAUAAUCACACUCACUAGUAUAGAUUCUCGACUUCAAACUCCCAUGUACUUUUUCCUCAGACACUUGGCUAUCAUCAACCUUGGCAACUCCACUGUCAUUGCUCCUCAGAUGCUAAUCAAUUUCUUGGUGGAGAAGAAAACAAUUUCUUACUAUGGGUGUGCAACCCAGAUGGGAGGCUUCUUAGUCUUCAUCGUUGCUGAGAUUUUCAUGUUGGCAGCCAUGGCCUAUGACCGUUAUGUGGCUAUUUGUAAUCCCUUAUUAUACAUGGUUGUGGUGUCACGAAAGGUUUGCAUCCUACUUGUUUUCCUUACAUACAUUUAUAGCUUCUUAACUGCAGUGACAGUUACCCCUUGUGUUUUUUCAAUGUCCUACUGUUCUUCCAAUGUCAUUAAUCAUUUUUACUGUGAUACUGUCCCUCUUUUGGCUUUAUCUUGCUCUGAUACCUACUUACCAGACACAGUAAUUUUUAUUUCUGCAGCUUCCAAUUUCUUCUUUUCCAUGACAGUUGUCCUGGUGUCUUACUUCUACAUCAUCUUGGCUAUCCUAAGGAUACGUUCAGCAGAAGGGAGAAAGAAAGCCUUCUCCACCUGUGCUUCUCAUAUGAUGGCCAUCACUGUUUUCUACGGUACACUGCUUUUCAUGUACUUACAACCUGGGUCGAAACAUUCCUUAGAUACUGAUAAAAUGGCCUCAGUGUUUUACACUCUAGUCAUUCCCAUGCUGAAUCCUAUGAUCUACAGCCUGAGGAACAAGGAUGUGAAGGAAGCUCUAAAGCGAGUUCUUACCAGUCCUUGCCAAAGUCUUAAAAGCAUAUAA